GGAAUACGAGCAGAGAUUGUUGCUCGUGGGAUGGAGUCAUAUGUGAUGAGAUGACUGGCCAUGUGAUUGAACUUAAUCUCAGUUGCAGUGGUCUUGUAGGAAAGAUUGAUUCCAAUAGCAGUCUCUUCCAACUCUCUCAUCUCCAAAGGCUCGACCUUUCUUCUAAUAACUUCUCUAAUUCUCACAUCUCGCCUGAAUUUGGAAGGUUCUCAAGCUUGACACUUCUUGAUCUUUCUGACUCCUAUUUCUCAGGUCAUAUACCUUCUGAAAUCUCUCAUCUUUCUCAAUUACAGUCUCUUCGCCUCUCCCCGUCAUUUGAAACUAUUCUAAGACUCACCGCCCAUGAUUUGAAAUUGCUCCUUCAGAAUUUGACUCAAUUAAGAGAGCUUGAUCUUACUUCCAUAAAUAUCUCUUCCACCAUUCCUCCAAAUUUUUCUUCUCAUUUGACAACUCUGAGGAUGGGAAAUACAGGUUUGUACGGGAUAAUACCUGAGAGUAUUUUUCACCUUCCCAAUCUGGAAACACUUGUCUUACAAAACAAUAAUCAGCUCAGUGGUUAUUUUCCGAAGACUAAAUGGAACAGCAGUGCAUCUCUCAUAGAGUUAGAUCUCAGUGGCGUGAAUUUUUCUGACAAUUUGCAUGAGUCUAUUGGCUAUCUAACUUCACUGCAUUCUUUGUCUCUUAAAAAUUGCAAUCUUAGAGGGCCUAUUCCUGAAUCUCUUUUGAAUCUCACUCGCAUAGAGGAUUUGGACCUUCAAUAUAACUCCCUGAAUGGAACAAUACCAUCAGGGAUGUUUUCUCUUCCGUCACUAAGUCGUUUAGUCUUGAGUAAUAACCACUUUUCUGGUCAGUUUGAGGAUUUCAAUUCCAAUUCACUAAUCUGGAUUGAUUUAAGUAAUAAUCAGCUGCAAGGCCAUCUUCCCAAGUCGAUUCAAAACCAUGUGAACCUAACAGGCCUUAUUCUUUCUUUCAAUAAUUUUAGUGGCCAUGUGGAUGUCAGCUUCCUUGCUGACCUCAAACAACUUUAUUAUCUUGAUCUUUCAUAUAAUCGUAUCUCGUUGACCAAUGAGAACAAACAUAAUGUUACUUUGCCAGGAUCUCUUAUGAGCUUACAAUUGGCCGCAUGUGAAGUGAAAGAAUUGGAGUUUCUAAGAUCCGCUAAGCUUCUUUGGCAGUUGGAUCUUUCAAAUAAUAAGAUUCAAGGAAGAAUCCCUGAUUGGGCAUGGACUAACUGGAUGUUCUUAUUGCAACGUCUUAAUUUAUCCCACAACAUGCUGGAAAGUGUUGACUCAAUUCCACUUCUGUUUAUAGAAGCUAUUGAUUUGCGGUCCAAUUUGCUUCAAGGUUCACUACCUAUUCCACCAAUUUCCACAAGAUUCUUCUUCAUAUCCCAUAAUAAUCUCAGUGAAGAAAUUCCUUCAGAUAUUUGCAAUUUGACAUCACUGGUAAUGCUUGAUUUGGCAAGAAACAACUUGAAGGGAGAAAUUCCGCAAUGUUUGGGUAAUAUCAGUGGCCUUGAGGUUCUGGAUAUGCACCACAACAGUCUUUCAGGGACUCUUCCAACAACUUUUAGAAUUGGAAGUGCACUCAAAAGCUUCAACUUUCAUGGCAAUAAGUUGGAGGGGAAAAUCCCACAAUCCCUGACCAAUUGCAAGCAACUCAAUGUUCUUGAUUUAGGAGACAAUCACCUCAAUGACACAUUCCCCGUGUGGUUGGGGACUCUGCCAAAGCUGAAAGUUCUAAGUUUGAGAUCCAAUAAAUUGCAUGGGUCCAUUAGAUCUCUACCGACUGGAAACAUGUUUCCUCAGCUUAGAAUAUUAGAUCUCUCCUCCAAUGCCUUCACAAAAAGCUUACCAACGAGUCUAUUUCAACAUUUGAAAGCCAUGAGGACAGUUGAUCAAACGAUGAACGCACCAAGUGAUGAAGGGAAUCGAUAUUACCAAGACUCGGUAGCUCUCAUAACAAAGGGAUUGGAGCUUGAAGUUGUGAGAAUCUUGUUUUUGUACACCACUGUUGAUCUUUCAAACAACAAGUUUGAAGGAUUUAUUCCAAGUAUUAUGGGAGAUCUUAUUGCACUUCGUGUGUUGAAUUUAUCUCAUAAUGGAUUACAAGGUCAUAUACCGCCAUCACUUGGAAGUUUAUCUUCAGUUGAAUCAUUGGACCUGUCACGUAACCAUCUUGUAGGAGAGAUACCAGCACGAUUUGCUUCUCUUACAUCUCUUGAUGUCUUAAAUCUCUCCUACAAUCAUCUCGAAGGGUGCAUUCCUCAAGGACCUCAGUUCUAUACAUUUGAGAACAAUUCAUAUGAAGGUAAUGAUAGAUUACGUGGAUUCCCACUUUCAAAAGGUUGUGGUAACGAUGGUAAUGAUUCGGAGACAAAUGAUACCACAUCUGGACUUGACGAUGAAGAAAACGACUCUAAAUUUCUGAAUGAUUUUUGGAAAGUUGCUCUUAUGGGGUAUGGAAGUGGACUAUGUAUUGGAUUAUCGAUAAUAUAUUUCAUGUUCUCAACUGGAAAUCCGAAAUGGCUUGCAAGAAUCAUUGUAGAACUGGAACACAAAAUAAUGAUAGGAAAGAGAAAGAAGCAGAAAAGGGAAAGGAGUUACAGAAGAAGAAAUAAUAGCUUAACUUGA